AUGAGGGGCGCUAUCGUCUUUGGCGGCACCUCGCAUCCCAGGCUUGUCGAGGGCAUUUGUGACCGCCUGGGCAUGAAGCCUGGCUCCGCAACCCUGGGCAAAUUUAAAAAUGGAGAAACUUCCGUCACCAUUCAUACUUCGAUCCGGAACAAAGAUGUCUUCAUCGUCCAGAGUGGGAGCGAGAAAAUCAACGACUCGGUGAUGGAGCUGCUGAUUAUGAUCUCGGCCUGCAAAGGCGGCUCAGCCAAGUCGGUCACAGCUGUCAUGCCCUACUUUCCCUACUCGCGUCAGUCCAAGAAGAAGCAGCACCGCGGUGCCAUCACUGCGCGCAUGGUCGCAAAUCUUUUGCACAUUGCUGGCGUCAGCCAUGUCAUGACAAUUGACCUGCACGCUUCGCAGAUGCAGGGCUUCUUCAAAUGCCCUGUUGACAACCUCGUCGCCGAACCCCUCAUUGCGCGCUGGAUUCGUGUCAACGUGCCCAAUUGGAGGGAGGCUGUGGUUGUUAGCAAGAACCCGGGUGGCACAAAGCGCGUCACGUCGCUAGCUGACGCGUUGAAACUCAGUUUCGGCAUUGUCACGACUGACAGGCGUAGGGCGGGCACAGCAGUGCACUGGAACGAAAGCGCCAUGUUUGAGCAACUUCGAUUGGAUGGUGCGUACGAGACGCCAGGUUUGGUGCGAACUGCGCUGGAUACAGAUGCCGAUGUCACACCAAUCAGCAACAUCACAAUCGAUCCAAAAGCGGAACCGGGCAAAUCGAGCCUCAGACGCACCCCCACAAACCCACUUGUACGGCGAGUUCAUGCUGGCUCAGAGUCGGCAGGGAGUCAUCCACUUUCCAAGUCGAUGCGUGCAGGCUCUAUCAUCGAACCUGAAGUUCCACUAGAGCCUAUUCGAACUGAUGCAGAGAACCAAGAACAGGAAGCGUCCGAGGGGCAGGAUGUAGAUGAGAGUGGCGCCGAGGAGGAGGAGGAGUACACUGAUGAGCGCGCACGAAAUGUUAUUCAUGGACGUCUAGUCCAAGGCCACAUUGUCGAUGACACUCAUCCUUCGCCAUCCAUGUCCGCGACCUCUCAUAGCACCUGGCGCAAUCGUCCCCCGUCGGAAGGCGAUGACGACAUACCCAAUCACAUGAUGUCCUCGUUCGUUUCGAAUGCCUCGUCUAGUCGUAAUAGAGAGACGGAGCAUUCACACGCUCUAGGCGGAACUUAUGACGCUGCUGCUUCAUCUGAAGACGAAGAAGAAGACCUCAAGAAUCCCGAACUCGAGACCAUGGUGACUCUUGUCGGCAAUGUCAAAGAUCGUCCCGUCUUCAUUGUCGACGACAUGAUGGACAAGUCUGCAUCGUGGAUUGCCGCCGCUGAGACUGUUGUCAAGCGCGGUGGCGCGACCAAGGUGUAUUGCUUUGCCACGCAUGGCAUCUUUGGCGGCGACUGUCUUGAGGAGAUGAGCCACUGUGAUGUCAUUGACAAGAUUGUCAUCACUAACGCGUUCCCGAUUCCCGAACACAAGCUCGCUCAGGCCAGUCAAGACAAGCUAGACAUUAUCAAGGUUGAUAACCUCCUAGCAGAAGCAAUUAGGCGAAACCACCACGGAGAGAGUAUGAGUCAGCUCUUUAUGCACUACGAUUAG